GUAAUUUAAGUUGUUGUUUAUUAUUAUUCAAUUCAUGGCGGUUUAAUUCUUUUUAUCCACAUUAAAGUUGUUAAAAAUAAGAAAUAAUUAAUGAGGAUAAUAUAAAUUUCUUAACACUAUCGAUUACAAAACAAGUAAAAUGCCUAGUGAAAUGAUAACACUUCAACUUGGCCAAUGCGGCAAUCAGAUUGGCUUUGAAUUUUGGAAACAGCUGUGCAUAGAGCAUGGCAUAUCUCCUGAAGGUAUACUGGAGGAGUUUGCCUCGGCGGGGUCUGAUCGUAAGGACGUGUUUUUCUAUCAGGCCGACGAUGACCAUUACAUACCGCGCGCCGUUCUAUUGGAUUUGGAGCCUCGUGUAAUUCACACUAUAAUGAACUCUCCUUAUGCCAAACUAUAUAAUCCAGAAAAUGUAUAUUUAUCUAAACAUGGUGGUGGUGCUGGUAAUAAUUGGGCUUCUGGGUAUGCUCAGGGUGAGAAGUUGAAUGAAGAAGUGUUUGAUAUCAUCAACCGUGAAGCAGAUGGCAGUGAUAAUUUAGAGGGUUUUGUGCUGUGUCAUUCAAUUGCUGGUGGUACGGGCUCGGGUAUGGGCUCCUACAUACUGGAGCACCUCUCAGACAGAUUCCCAAAGAAGCUUGUGCAAACAUACAGUGUAUUCCCUAAUUUGGAUGAAAUAAGUGAUGUGGUAGUCCAGCCCUACAACUCGCUGUUGACUCUGAAGCGAUUGACAGAGAGUGCUGAUUGCGUCAUGGUGCUUGACAACACGGCACUGAACCGCAUCGCCAGCGACCGCCUGCACAUACAAAACCCUUCAUUUGCACAGAUAAACACACUCGUGUCCACCAUUAUGAGUGCCAGUACCGCCACUCUCAGGUAUCCGUCAUACAUGAACAACGAUUUGAUCAGUUUGGUGGCGCCGUUAAUACCUACCCCGCGGUUACACUUCCUCAUGACUGGCUACACCCCACUGUCGGCCGACCACGAGCUUAAUACCGCUCCAAAGAUUCGAAAAACGACAGUUUUAGAUGUAAUGCAGAGACUGCUUCAGCCAAAGAAUAUGAUGGUAUCGCUUAGUCCAGACAGAACUAACCAACACUGCUAUAUUUCAAUACUGAACAUAAUACAGGGGGAGGUGGAUCCGUCGCAGGUGCACAAGUCGUUGCAACGCAUUCGCGAGCGUAAGCUGGCCUCGUUCAUCCCGUGGGGGCCCGCCUCCAUACAGGUGGCGCUCUCCCGCCGCUCGCCCUACGUGCACGCUUCACACAAGGUCUCCGGCCUUCUCCUUGCCAACCACACCAACAUAUCAUCGCUAUUCGACAGAUGCCUGCAGCAGUUCGAUAAGCUACGUAAGCGUGAAGCGUUCCUCGAGGUGUUCCGUAAGGAGCCCAUGUUCAAAGACUCGCUAGAGGAGUUCGACGAGUCGCGAAGCGUGGUUGACGAUCUAGUCCAGGAGUACCAGGCGGCCGCAACACCGGACUAUGUACAUUGGAAUCCAGAGAGCAGUCAAAUAUAACAAGAACUGUAACUAAAGUAUGGAAUUAUAUUGACAUUACCAGAAUCUCAGAGGAUGUAAAGAGAUUCCAAGCGGAAUAAGUUGAAUAAUGUAUACUUACAACUUGUUAUCUUAUGUUAAACAAAGUGCCAUUUAU